AUGCGAUCAGUCUUCUCACUCCUCGCGAUCGCUGGCGCUGUCUCGGCACUUCCAGGCAAGUCUUGGAACCAGCACUCAAACGGAACCGUGACCACAUCAACACAAUCUUGGUCGAGCAGCACUGCGACUACUUGGGGAGAAAAGCCUUCAAUCGUUUCGUACCCGUCUGAGGGCUGGCCUCACCCUCCGCCUCAGAAAUCCACCGGCGGCGUCCCUCAUCCGUCUCUGAAGCCUACCGGUUGGGGCCCUGUCGGACCCUAUCACCCGCAUUCCACUGGAGGAUGGUCUCAACCUCCUCAGUGGCCCACUGGAGGUUCUUCAAAGUCUCAUCCUCACCUGACGGGCACUGGCCACCCUCAGCCACCGAUCACGACCACGACUGUCACCGGUACGGGCUACAUCACCACUACAACGACGGAGAUUGUCACGAAGACAAUCACCACUCUCGUACCGUGCAGCACUUUGACAUCCUCUAACGGACAGAGCUGGUACACUACCUACCUCUCUACUUCGUACAUCACGACUGUCUGCCCGACGACUGAAACUCUGGUCUACCCAACACCCACCCCGGUCGGUCAGACUCCCGGCUCGGGUUCUAAUAAUGGACAGCCUGGCAACAACGGAACUCCAGGCAGUGGACAGCCAGGCAACGACGGCACUCCCAGCAAUGGUCAGCCCCAGCAGACAGGCAGCGGCCCCCAGCCACCGGUCGUCGGUGGGAGUUGUCCAGCUCAAACCACCGUCACUACCACUCUCGCCGCCAGCUGUCCAGCUCAAACGACCGUCACCGUCACCGUCAACGCUGGUAGCCAACCAACCCCACCAGUCAUCAAGCCGGGCGAGACUCUCACAACUUCCACCACUACCCUCACUCUCGGUCAAGGCUACACCACCUGCCUUACUCUGACUUACCCAGUCCCUACUGGUUCCGGAAAGCCCGGUCAUCCCCAGCCACCUUACCCCAUCCCGAGCAACGGUGGCGGUAACGGCCACGGACCUUACCCGACAGGCACUAGCGGGCCACAUCAUCCUCAACCAACUGGCCAUCGUGAACCGGGAUCGAAGUCUCAGCCCACCGGCGGCCACGCCUGGUCUACUGGAGGACAAGCUUCGCCUACCAAUGUUCAGAGCUGGUAA